UCUCUGGUGCCCCAUUGUACCCCGAUGCUUUGGGGAAUGAGCACCUGUGGAAGGAAGGCGCUGACUCUGCUCAGCAGUGUCUUUGCUGUGAGCGGACUGGGAUUUCUGGGGAUUGCAGUGAGCACCGACUACUGGCUGUAUCUGGAGGAAGGGAUCAUCCUGCCCCAAAACCAAAGUACCGAAAUCAAGAUGUCUCUGCAUUCUGGCCUCUGGAGGGUUUGCUUUUUGGCAGGUGAAGAACACGGGAGGUGUUUCACAAUAGAGUACGUGAUGCCCAUGAAUGUCCAGCUGACCUCUGAAUCAACUAUCAAUGUUUUAAAAAUGAUUCGUUCUGCCACCCCAUUCCCCCUGGUGAGUCUCUUUUUCAUGUUUAUUGGAUUCAUCUUGAGCAACAUUGGGCAUAUCCGGCCACAUAGAACCAUCUUGGCCUUCGUGUCUGGAAUCUUCUUUAUUUUGUCUGGUUUAUCUCUGGUGGUGGGGCUCGUAUUGUACAUCUCCACCAUCAAUGAUGAAAUGCUCAAUAGAACCAAGGAUUCGGAGACAUACUUCACUUACAAAUAUGGCUGGUCAUUAGGUUUUUCUGCCAUUUCUUUUCUUCUAACUGAGAGUGCGGGUGUCAUGUCCGUUUACCUAUUUAUGAAGAGAUACACUGCUGAAGAGAUGUACCGGCCACACUCUGGCUUCUACCGGCCCCGUCUUAGCAACUGCUCCGAUUACUCAGGCCAGUUCCUUCACCCCGAGGCAUGGGUCCGGGGACGCAGCCCUUCUGACAUCUCCAGCGAUACCUCCCUCCAAAUGAACAGUAAUUACCCGGCUCUGCUUAAAUGUCCUGAAUAUGACCAGCUGUCCUCCUCCCCAUGCUGA